UCCUCAUACGGGGUAAGUCAGUCUUAAAAGUCGUACAAAAAGAAAGAAAACUUGUUUCUCGUUCGUACCCACUUCCCCCACUUUCCCUCUUUCUCUCGCUUCUCUUCUCUUCUCUUCUCUCCUCGCUCGAUCGCUCGCUCUCCCCUUAUUUUAACAAUCCCUCUUUUCGUACCACGCACACUCACUCUUGUCUUCCUUGUCCAGUUUCACCAUGUCGUCGCAGCCCACUACGCCUCGUCCGUCUUCGUCCCCGUCAACGCCUACAGCGACGCCCGCAGAAGAACACUACCACCGCCAUCAUCCUCAUAAUAAUCAGCAUCAUCCUCAUACGCCGAAUAGUAACAGCAACAGCCAUUCUAUUCCACCACCCGUCAGUGGAACACCGCCUGUGCAUCAAACGCCCAUCGAACACGAGCAUCAACACCACCAGCACCAGCACCAGCCACCGUAUGAGGAGCAAGAGCACCACGAGGUCGACAAACUGCCAAAGCGCACGCGUCAAUCGUCCUGUCUCUACAGUGUCAACGAGCCUGGUCCCAAAUUCGCUGCAACAAAGUAUCGGGGCAACCUGUUUGCCGUUGACCGAAACACAGUUUUGGAAGCUCAACUACACGCCAAGUUUGACCGUGGCUUCUUUACCGCGGACAAUGACUGGACGUGUUACCGCCGCAACUAUUUCCAAGUCAGUACCACCUUCAAUCUGCACGGAUACCCGCUGUACUACCAUGAUCAGCAUGAUCCCGAACUAGGCUGUCUUGUCAGAGACGAAGCAGAUGAUCAGCUCCAUCCUGUCAAUUGUUUCAUGGUCGGCAUCUCUGCCCACGUUCUCGACGAAGAUAAGCAAAUCUCUCUCAUCCAGCACACUGCCAAGCGCGACAAGGGCCCCCAAUCGCACCCGGAACCCAAGCCGAUCCAACCCGGUGGCGACUUGGCAUUGUUGAGCAACAUGGCUGCUGCUGCCGCUGCUGCUGCCGCUGCUGCAACAUCGUCGUCGUCGUCGUCGUCAGCACCAGCAGCAGUGACAGCACCACCGUCACCUAUUGAUCAGUCGAUCGCCACGUUUGAACGGAUCCAGUUCAAGUCGGCUACGGCAAACAAUGGCAAGCGAAGGGCUGCCCAGCAGUAUUACGUGUUGAUGGUGGAGUUGUAUACCAAGUUGGCGUCGGGUAAAUUGAUUAAAGUGGCUUCGACUCGGUCGGACCCAUUGGUGGUGCGCGGUCGAAGUCCGGGGCAUUACUCGGAACGGCGUAGUAGUGAAAAGGAGGAAGAAAGCACUGCGGCGGCGUUGGCGGCUCAGGCUGCUGCUGCUCGAGGUACGACUGCUGCCACCACUACUACUGCUACUUCAUCAUCAAUGGCAUCCCAUUCAGAAAGAGAAAAGGAGCACCAGCCUCAUCUUCCGCAUGAAAGGUCAGUAACGCCUCCACCACCACUAGUACCACACCAUUCGCACCACCACAACCAGCAUCAUCCCCCCCAUCUCCAUCACCCUCAUGAACAACAACAACAUCAACAGUCUGUACAAUCGAAUGGCUACUAUUAUCAGCAUCAUCAGCCACCGCCACCAGCAACACCACACCAGCACCAUCCACAACCCCAGCAUCCUCAUCAUCAUCAUCAGCAGCAGCAGCAGCAACCACACAGUCCGUCCUUGCCAAUGAUCCCACCGCCUCCGUCGUUUGAUGCACCUCAUCCACCUCCGUCUGCACCGUCACCCCAGCAGCAACAUGUGGUAAUGCGCGCACAUGACCGGUCGAUUUCAGCGCCUUCGGGUUCGGUGGAUGUGUACAAUGGCCAUGGUGGAGGGGGACAACAUGAUAUGGGACGCUAUGGAUACUAUCAGCAACGCGAUGCAUGGAACAUGGCACAUACGAGAAUGGCGUCGAGUGGAGAACCCUAUACUAGUAGCAACAACAACAACAGUAGCACCAUGCCUCCACCGCCGUCUGCUGCUACUGCUGCUGCCCCUUACGGCUACUAUCCAUACAACGACACCCAUUCCCGCCAUCAGCAGCAAGGCGUAGUGGGCCAUCACCAUCAUUAUUAUAACAGCAAUGGGUACGAACUUUUGUUUCUUGGGAUGUAAACAGUGCGAGACGCUCAUAGAACGAAAUUUUUUAAAGUAUUUUUUAAUUAACCCAUUUAUAGUAUGCCGUCUACUGCCAACAAUUCGCGCCCGCCGUCCUCUUCGCCACCGUCAUCGUAUCCAUCGAGCAAU